AUGGCUUUUACUCUAUAUGUCCCUCCUUCUCCUCAAUUCGAGACGGAUAAUGUGAGUGCACCCAAUGAAGGCUUAUGUGACGUCAUUCCAAUGACGACAGGUGAUGGACCGUCAUAUGCUGAGGUGGUAGGAAAUGCAUCGAGUUUGCCUAAAGAACAAAGUAAUAACAAGAGUAGUACGACAAGCGAUAGAAUUGCUAAGAAGUCCAAGAAAAAGUGUGAUAAGCGAAAAGAUGUUUCAGUGGAAGAUGAGAGUAGAAUACAGUCAGAUUUUAAAGAAGAAGAAGUACAGGGGAACGAAAACAAGGAAGAAUGUGAGAAAACUGAUGUUCAAGGUUUACUUUUGAGGAUCCAGGAGAUAAUUUUCAUGAAAAACAUUAACUUUGGGAAGAAAGUAAAAUUGUGUGGAGAAGUUGUUUAUGAUUGGUUGUUAUAUUUUGUCACGGAGUGGGUGUCUGAGAUGUCCGUUUUUAAAAACUUAUUUAAACAUGGCCACACAAGU